GCUGGUCCCGAGAAGAAGAGGGUUGAUGUUCUCCGGCUCGUCAAGCAUUGCUGGACGAAGCACGGCGAGGAAUCUGAAGCCGAUCUGCCACCCCGCCUCGCUGACUUCGAAACGAAGUACAACGAAUCCGUUGACAGGCAGCGUGCGGCACGAGGCUUGACCCAGGAGGACGACCUCGAUUCCGAUGCGGAUGAUGAGGCGGCCAUUGAGGCGGCCGGGGUUUACAAGGGCCGGGUUCCAUGCUUGGGGGCCGAGGGGCAACGGAUUUUGUAUGAUCGAAGCACCGGCGCUUCCUCUUCUCGGUCAAGGCGGGGAGAAGAUCCCCGUAUUGCUACAAUGCAGCGUGAACUAGAGGAGCACGAACGGCGAUGGGAGGAGCAGCGGAAAGCAGAUGCUGCCACAAAAGCCCGGUUGGAGGAGAUGGAACGGUACAUGCGUGCCGGAUUCCAGCCUCCGCAACAGCCUUUUCCUCCCCCGUACGUAUUCCACCCUGAGCAAACUCCUCAAGUUCCGCACAUGGGCGGUAUGGGAUUUUUCCCCAACUCCGGAUAUGGUGGCAUGCCUAUGAUCUCCCCGAAUUUCGGUUCUAUGUCCUUUGAUUUUGCGAGGUCAUCCGGAGGAGGUAGUGGCACACCGAGCCACGGAGGCCGAGGAGCACCCCGAGGAGGACCCCGAGGAGCACCCCGAGGAGGAACCCGACCUGACCCUGAAGACCCCCCCGUGAACCCAG